AUGGCCAUACAACACAAUUCGGCACCGCUGCCAAAAUGUACAAAUAAGACUGGAACGCAGGUGUCUGCUGAUCAUUCGCCGAAGAUCCGUAAAGUUGCGAAGAUGUUAAAGUUCUUGGGUUUGUUUGCCUUGGUAGGUCUACCAAUCGUUUGGAUCCAGGCAGACUGUAAUGUUUGCCAAACAAACGGAGCCUCCUGCAUCAAUCAAACAGCGUAUAACUUGUGCUUCGGCGGCUCCGAACCGAAUACCAAUCAGACCUUCGUCUGCACCGAUGGCCUGGUGUGCACGGAUCAGCCGGUGAUCUGCUUCCAGCGGAGCGAGAACCCCGCCAGCUGCGGCGACACGGACAGCUGUGGCCAGUGUGGUCCCAACUACACCUUCACCUGCACCUCGCUGAACACAUUCGCCUUUUGCUUCGGCGCCCUAACGCCCACAAAUGUCACGGGAAGCUGUCCGGAUGGCUACUUCUGCGACGCCUCCACACAGGAGAUCUGCGUGACGAAGACCACUGAUGAUUCCAUCAUCUGCCACAUUAACUAACAGAGCUUUAAUAUAGGCA